UGUAGUGCGUAGUUGAGCAGUGGUUGUGCGCGUAUUUGUUUUUCAGUUUCAAUUUCAAUUUAUUUUUAUUCAUCAGAUCUACAUUUUGCGAUAGCGCCUCCAGAUAUAGAACACGUCAAAGCCCAGCUAUGAAGACCGAUAUACUACUGCACAUGCGUGUAGUGCUGAGGUGCUGAGCUGCUGAGCACUGCUGAGCUGCUGAGUGCAAUUUGGCGCGUUCGAGCAGAGAAUGGGCGGAAUGGGUGCAAUGGUUGAAAUGGAUGUUGGGAGUCUCAGACUUUAUCUUCAAAAUAUUGAAGAAUAUGUUAUGGAUGAAGAUAAAAUUGUUACCUACAAAUGGCUGAGUAAAAAUCUGGACAUCCAUGUAAAUACAGCGAAGCAGUUACUGUACACUUUUGCUACAGAGCAAAAGGACGAUGUACACCUAACGUACCUGGUUGGAGGUGUCUUGUGUGAUGGAACAGGAUGCAAAAUACAGAUCGUUCGUCAGGAAGACCUGGAGAAAGCAAAGGCUGAGUUCAAGGCUUUGACAUCAGAACAUGUGUAUAGUGUUCAGAAGGCAAGGACUCUACCAGACCUGGGAGCUCUGUAUGCAGUAGAUGUGCACAUGAGAGAUGAAAAUGAAGAUGAUAAAAGGCUGAGUGCUAUCACAUGCAGCCACUCAGUUCUUAGGCAGCAGGAGGAAAUUGAAAGAUUGAGGCAGAAGGCUCGAGCUGCUACAUCUGCUGUGGAUGGAAAACAGUGGCCCACAGGCCCUUCAGUAAAUAAGAGAGCAAAAGCACUAAACAACAAGGAGGUUGCUACUGGAGAUGCAUCCAAGGUGGAAAGUGGUUCAAAGAAAGAAUUAAAGAACAGUGUUAUACCUGCCAUGUUUGCAGCACAGACAUGUAAAAAUAUGAAAGAUGAAAAGCCUAAAGCUGCAGAAACGUUGACAGCCAAGCCAAAAGCUAGCAAUGGCAGCAGUGUGUUCUUCAGUAAGCAGACAGAGAAACCAGUAAAGCCAAAGGUCUCCGUUUCUAAAGACAGUGCAAGUGGAUUAAGCUCAAAAGAUUCGGAAGGUAACAAAGAGGAGGUAAAGCGUGCGUCGAAAAGUCACCAAGAGAAACAAGAAGACAGUCAGAGUAAAAUUAAAUUAUCAAAGAAUGUUAAGUGUAAUAUCACGAAGCAAACUGAGAAGAAAGGUGGAAAGGGUAAAAGUAUAAAUAUGGACACUAAUGAGUUGCUCCCAGCGAAGAAACGAAAGCGAAUUCUUGUUAUUUCAGAUUCAGAAGACAGCAGUGGUGAUGAUAUACUUGACAGGGAUGAUGCAGAGGCCUCUGAUUCAUCUCCAUUGCCUGAAGUUUCUCCACAACUACAUGAAAGUAACACAGAUGAUGUGAUACCACCCACUCCAGAGGCUGAAUUGAAGAAGGGUCGUAAACGUGUCCGCAAGAUGAAAGAUAAGACAUUUAUGGAAGAAGAUGGUUACAUGUUGACCUGCAAGGAAUAUGUAAUUGAAAGUUGUACAGACAGUGAAGAAGAGCAAACAAAUGAAAAUGAAAAGAAGCAGCCAGAAGAAAAUUGCGAGCCAGUUAAAUCAGACACACCUAAGAGUCCAAAAGCUGUCAGUAAGGAACCUCCAGCUAAGAAGAAGUCACUACGACAAAAAACUAAGCAGGCAACACUCACGAAUUUCUUCAAGAAAAUCAGCUGAAUUUUUGCUGUAUUUCGAGUUAGUAUUUAUGCUGUUUUGAGGCUAUGCCCUUUAUGUUGAUUGAACUAUUGUGAUUGAAUGCUGAAUGUGUACAAGAUUGAGAACAAGUCAUUGUCAAGUUACAGGCUGUUUUUUUAGACUUGGACUUCGGGUUGUAUGUGAGGAGAAGUAUGACAAGAAGUAGCAGGGCAGUGGUUGCAGCUGCUUUGUAGGAGGGAGGAGAGUGAUGCACUGUAACUGAGGCCCUGUUUUUACCUGUAUGCAUCAGACAGCCCUUAUCUUAGUGGACUUGAACAAAUUCACUGUACCAGGUAAAAAAAAUGGUGACAGUACUACAGUGUAGAAGGUUGUGAAGAUUUUGCUGAAAAAAGAUUUUAAAUCUUAUGCCUUAGAAAUGUAAUGAGUUGUAUAUAUAAAUAUGUGACUUCUUAUGCUGGACAGGAACAAAUAAAAUUGGCUUAUAUGUUCUUU